AUGCACAUAUUUGUCACUGGUGCUACUGGCUUCGUUGGCCAAGCUGUCGUUCAAGAGCUUCUUGCAAAUGGGCACACGGUUUCUGGCCUUGCAAGGUCGGAAACAUCAGCUGCAGCUUUGGAAGCAAAGGGCGCCAAGGUAGUUCGCGGUACUAUUGAAGAGGUCGAAUGCCUGAAGACUGCAGCGUCAGAGGCGGAUGGCGUUAUUCACCUUGCUUUCAAUCAUGAUUUCACCAAGUUCGAUGAGAACGCCAAGGUCGAACGCGAUGCGAUAUUUAGUAUCGUCGAUGCGCUUGAGGGGACCAACAAGCCUUUCGUGAUUACCUCAGGCACGAUGGCCCUGCCAAAAGGUCAGCUUGGCACCGAAGAUGCAAUCCCAGAGGCCAACACUUUCUUCAGUGCCCGUACUGGUACUGAGCAAGAGGCCCUUGAUUGCUCCUCGCGCGGCGUGCGUGUGAGCUGUGUUCGCCUAUCACCCUCAACUCACGAUAAUGGGGACAAAGGAUUUAUCAAAGCAAUCACCGAGAUUGCACGCACGAAUGGCCAGUCGGUUUAUGUUGGAGAUGGACUCAACAAGUGGCCCGCUGUCCACCGUCUCGACGCGGCACGUCUGUACCGCCUGGUUCUUGAGAAGGGCAUUGCAGGUUCUAGAUACCAUGCUGUUGGUGAAACUGGAGUUCCGAUGAAAGACAUUGCUGAAGCAAUUGGUCAGUCAUUGGGUCUUCCCACGGUUUCCCAGGACUUUGAAGCUGCCUCGAAGCAUUUUGCUGGCUUCAUGGUCUAUCCUGUCAGCUCCGAUAAUCCAGCUUCCAGUGAAAAGACGCAAAGAAAACUGGGCUGGAAACCUUCAGGACCAACACUUCUUGAAGAUAUCAAGUCGGGUGUGUAUGUCUAA